AUGCAAUAUGAAUUAGCAUUAAAGAUCGAAAAAGCCUAUAAAAAUACAAAUUAUAAUAAUAGAAUAUCAAAUAAAUCUUCAAUGGAGUUCAAUAACACCUUAAUUAGUCAAACAUCUACGAAAUCCAGUAACACCUUAAUUAGUCAAACAUCGACGAAAUCCAGUGAUACCUUAAUUAGUAAAAAUUCGAUGAAAAAAUCCAGCGAGACCUUGAAUUCCAGUAACACAGCAAUUAGUAAAGCUUCAAGAGAAUCUUGUAAUACUGUAAUUAGUAAAACUUCAAGAGAUUCCAGUUACAGUUUAGUUAGGAAAGCUUUAAUGAUAUUAGAAGAUUCAAAUGAAUCAAAUUUAUCAUUCGACGAAAUUAUUGAAAAUGAUAAUAAUUUAAGAUCACGACCUGAUAAACCUAAUAAAGUUAUUGCAAGCGAAAACUUUAAUAAUGAAAUAAUUCAUGAAUCUUCAAAGAAAUCAGAUAAAAUUGUAUCACAAAGUGAAGCGUGCUCAGUUUAUGAUGAUAAAUCAAUAGAUGAUAAAUCAAUUGAUGAAAUAACAUUAAUGGCUGACAGUGUCAGUUUAAGUGAAAGUUCAAUUUAUUCCGUACCAGAAAUAGCAAAUAUACUUGAAGAUUUUGAAACAGAGAAAAUUAGAUUAUCAGAUUAUUUAAUGCUAAUUGCUGUCGAUAUUGAAUCCGAUAAAUUUCGAUAUGGAAAUAUUUAA